AUGAUAGAAGACCCCUUAGAUUCUCCAAGGGACCGUAUUCGGGCUCAAGUAAUUCCCAGUCCAGAGAGAGUUCAUCUUAAGAGAGGAGCAGUGGGAGUGGCUCUACUUCUGGCUCUUUUAGAGGGUCAAUCAAAUGCUUCAGGUGUUACGCACUCUUUUGUAUCCUUGGACUGCGUGAAGAGUCUAGGUUUAUAUGUAACUGAAUUGUCAUGCAAUGUUGUAGUGACUACCCUACGGCUAGAGGUGAUUUUGGGAAUGGAUUGGCAAGCUGCUAACCAUGUAUUGCUGGAUUGCAGAGAGAAGACGUUGAUCUAUAGCGCAUCAAUGUUAGAAAUUCUGAGGCUCUUGAGCCAAGGUGUGUGGGAGAACACAGUGAACGCUAUGGCCUUCAUGGUCAUGUUCUCAAUGGAGGCUAAAAGUGUAGUGGAGCUGGAGUACAUCCCAGUAGUGAGGGAUUUCUUGGAAGUUUUUCCUGAAAAUGUCUUAGAAUUACCACCUAAGAGGGAGAUCAAGUUCGCUAUUGAUCUCAUUUCGAGAGUAAGCCCCAUUUCUAUGGCACCAUAUAGGAUGUCAUCAGUAGAGUUGGCAGAGGUCAAGAAGUAA